AUGAGAGUAUGGAGCUGCUACAAGAAAUUUUCAUCUGCGCCAGCAACCAAUGUGAGGACAUUCUUGACAUUCGAAAUAAACCAUUUACUUCAACUCUGCAGCAAUUUCAAAGCAAUAGAGCAAGGCAAACAAACCCAUCAACAAAUUAUCGUACAUGGUCAUGGUCACAACCCAUUCAUCAUUACCAAAUUGAUACGAGUAUAUGCUGAGUGUGGCAAUAUAAAAUCUGCUCGCUACCUGUUUGUCGAAUUGUCUCAAAGAAAUGUUUUUGCCUGGACGGCAAUGUUAUCAUAUUUUUCACGUAACUGCCUAAUUGAAGAAUGUGUGAGUACUUAUAGGGAGAUGAAACUAGAUGGUAUAUUACUUGAUGGCUAUGUGUUUCCUCUUGUUCUGAAAGUUUGUGCAAAGUUCUCAAGCCUGGCUACUGGGGAACAAGUACACAAAGAUGUAGUAGUAUGUGGUGCAGAAUGGAAUCUCCAAGUUGGCCAUUCUUUAAUUGAUAUGUACUCAAAAUGUGGUGAUAUUCAGAGUGCGAAACGGGUGUUUGAUUUGAUGCAAGAAAAAGAUUUGCUUUCAUGGAAUUUGAUUAUUUCGGGAUAUGUAUCUAAUGAGUUACCUGAUUUGGCUGUAGGAAUGUUUGGGCUUAUGAGUAUGGAAGGUUGUCAGCCAGAUAUAGUCACUUUCAACACAGUAAUGGAUGCUUAUUGUCGCAUGGGUCGAUGUGAUGAGGCUAGGAAAAUAUUUAUGCUUAUCAAAGAUCCAAGUAUAAUAUCAUGGACGACUUUGAUAUCAGGCUAUUCAAGAAUUGGAGAGCAUAAUCAUGCAUUGGAUAUUUUUAGGGAGAUGAUAAAUAGAGGAGAAGUUUGUCCUGACCUAGAUUGUCUCUCCAGUGUACUUGCGUCAUGCCAACUUAUCGGGGAUUUAAGGAGUGCCAAGGAGAUUCAUGCACAGGGGAUUAAAGUCGAAUGGCCUUUUUCUUUUUACAGAUCUUCUGGACCUGCGUUACUGACUCUUUAUACUAAAUGUGGGAGGAUUCCAGAUGCAAGGCAUGUUUUUGAGUUGAUGGAUAAAACAGAUGUUGUUGCCUGGAAUUCCAUGAUUCAUGGUUUCGCUGAACUGGGGAUGAAAGGUUUGGCUUUGGAGUAUUUCAAGAACAUGAUACCUAUGGGAAUAAAGAUUAAUGGGACUACACUUUCAAGUGUUUUGCCAGUUUUUGACCUUAAAUACGGGAAACAAAUUCAUGCUUAUAUAUUGCGGAGCAGUUUGUGGGAUGUCACUCCCAUUUGGAAUGCACUUAUUUACAUGUAUUCAAAAUAUGGGUGCAUUGGAAAUGCUUUAUCUGUAUUUUCUCAUCUGGCUCAUAAAGAUAUAGUGUCAUGGAAUACAAUAAUUGGUGGGUUAGGGAUGCAUGGUUUGGGACAAGAUGCCCUGCAUCUGCUGGAAAAAAUGAGUCAUUAUGGCAUUCGACCAAACGCUUUGACAUUCACUUCAGUGCUUUCAGCAUGCAGUCAUGCAGGACUUGUUGAUGAGGGGCUAGAUAUUUUUCACAGAAUGGUGGAGGAAUUUGGAUUGAACCCCAGAAUGGAACAUUUUACUUGUGUUGUUGAUUUACUAACACGAGCUGGUCGGCUUGAAGAUGCCACAAGUUUUAUAGGAAAAAUGUGUGUUAAGCCGAACAAGCAUAUAUGGGGUUCUUUACUUGCUGCUGCUUUGGCACACCAAAAAGUGAGCAUUGGAGUUCUUGCUUCAGAGAAUUUAGUUGAGUUGGAGCCUGAAAAUCCAGGGCAUUAUAUAACAUUGUCAAAUUUGUAUACUAAAGCUGGAAGACUAAGUGAUGCUCUUGCAGUGAGAAAGAUAAUGGAGACGAGGGGAUUGGUAAAGGAUUCUGGUUGUAGCUGGGUAGAAGGAAAUUGA